AUGCUUCCAUGCGAUGAACAAGAACAGGACCGACUCGACAUGCUUCACAAAGUGUUCUUAGUAGUCAAGGGAUCGGCGAACAUCUUAGUCUCUCCACUCCCCAGGACUGGCAGAGUGCUGGACUUGGGAUGUGGAACGGGUAUUUGGGCACUCGAUAUGGCUAAGAAAUACCCAAAUGCCAUAAUUACAGGAGUCGAUAUCAUGUCUACGCAACCUGCGAAUUGUCCUCCGAACUGCUUUUUCUUUUCCCCCUUCGAUUAUGAAAGCCCAAGAGCUUUAAGAGCUGAGUCAUGGGACUUAGUCCACUUGCAACAGGGUUGCGGAAGUGUUUCUUGUUGGCCGACACUCUACAAAAUGGUUCUAGAUUGUUUACUGCCAGGAGGGUGGUUUGAACAAGUGGAGAUUGAUUUUCAGCUUCAGCUGACACAGCGCUCGAAAAAUGCCACAGCUCUCCAACAUUGGUAUCACAAUAUUCGACGCGCUACCGAGCUUUCUGGUCGCCCUAUCACCCAUGACUCUGCAAAAACGAUUAAACAGCUCUACAGCACUGGUUUUACGGAGGUCCGGCACAUAUGUAUGAUGCUUCCACUCAACCCAUGGCCUAGAGACGAACAUUUAAGGGAAGUUGGCAAAUGGUACAGUCUCGCGCUAUCGGAAAGCAUUGUAACAUUGAGUCUCGCGCCUUUCAGUCGUGUAUUUAGAUGGCGGCUGGAUCAGAUUAUGGAUAUUGUAGGAAAGGCGAAAGCAGAAAUCGUGGAUGAGGACUUGGAAGGAUUCAAUUUGUUGCAUGUAUAUAUGGCUCGGAAGGCGAUAUAA